UGUUGUGGUAGUGCGCUUCUAGUCAUAAACGCCUGUAUUGCUGUUUAUUACUGCAUUUCGUAUUUAUUUCAGUUGCAAUAUUAUUCAAAAAAAAAAAUGUUCACUCUUCAACAUCGAUAUAACUAUUGCAAUGAAAAAAUUCACAUUCCUCAAGUCGUCGCCGUGAAACUUCUUUCGCAGCCAGAAAAAAUACAUAAGCCAUUUAAAGAACGCCGAUCUCUUACUCUCAGAAGACAGGAAGCCUUGGACAUUAAAGAAAAGUUUCCUAGAAAACUACCCGUUAUUGUGGAGAAAGCAGAUGGAGAAAAGAAUCUCCCGGACUUAGACCGGUCCAAAUUUCUCGUCCCGGACGAUAUGACAAUGUCCCAAUUCGUUGGUAUCGUCAGGAGUCGUCUGAGAUUGAAGCAGAACCAAGCCUUCUACCUGAUGGUGAAGAAUCGCUGCUUGACCACGCUGUCCCGGAACAUGGCCGAAGUCUACUGGGAACAUAAGGAUCUCGACGGAUUCCUCUACACCACCUACACGGCACAAGAGAUGUACGGAGGCUGCUGCACGUGUAUCAAAGAACAAGUCCUCGAAAGAGACAAAACUAGCUGUGCUGGAAGUGUGCAAUGUGGAUUUGCCCAGAAUUCCGAAUGAAUGUGUCUUUUCCUGCCCGACUUGUAUAUAUUUUAUACUUCUGUGAUAUUUUUUGCUCCCUUUCCUUUUUGUGGAGAAUAAAAGGCUUUU